AUGAAAGAGUGUGGUGUCUGCCCUGGGGGGAAGCGGUCCCUGGCGGGGAAGGGCCCUUUGGACCGGUCGUUUCAAGCACCCCUUUCUGUCGGGAAGAGUUUAAUGAGCGAGCCUGAACGGGCGGUUCAGGAAGGGAAAUCGGUCCAAGGGUAAAUUCGCACCCACAGCAACAGGGGAGAUUCUAUUAUGGCCCUUUGCGAUAGAUUCGAGUUAUCCAGAUAAUAGAAGCUCGACCUGGGGGGCCACAACAGUUCUGGAGAAGCGAGAGUGGUAUGAAGAGUUGGAAAAACGAAAAUCCAAUGGAAAAUAGGAAUAAAAAAUUGCACAAAAACAAUAAUGUCCUAAUAGAAGGCCAAAAAGAGUGACUGGGUUGAAAGCAGGAAAGAGAAAAGAGGGUCAGGGAAGGGGAAGGCGACAGAAACGAUUGACAGACUCCUUCCUGGGACACAACAGGGUGACUAGUACUGCAGAGGCGGAGGACUGGACUGGGAAGGCAUUAAGCGACGCACUGACGGGUGAACUAGUACUAGUAAGUAAGUAGUAUUACUGUGUACUUCCCGUAGGGGGAGGUCAGAGACAAC